AUGAAUCUGAAUCAGAAUGAAUCUGAAUCAGAGUCUAAUAAAAUUGCAGACGAAUCUGAAUCCGAGUCUAAUGAAUCUAAGUCAGAGUCUAAUGAACCUGAAUCAGAGGGUAAUGAAUAUAAAGCAGACUCUAAUGAAUCUGAAUCGGAAACUAGGGAGUGUGAAUCAGAGUCUAGUGAGUCUGAAUCAGAGAAUAAUGAUACUACUGGAGAGCCUACUGAGUCUGAAUCAGAGGCUAAUGAAUCUAAAGGAGAGUCUAAUGAAUCUGAAUCAGAGGCUAAUGAAUUUACAGCGGAGUCUGUUGAAUUUGAAUCAGAGGGUAAUGAAUAUGAACCAGAGCCUAAUGAACCUGAACCCGAGGCUAACGAAUCUAAAGCAAACUCUAAUGAAUCUGAAUCGGAAACUAGGGAAUGUGAAUCAGAGUCUAGUGCGUCUGAAUCAGAUAAAAAUGGUACUACUGGAGGGCCUACUGAGUCUGAAUCAGAGGCUAAGGAAUCUAAAGGAGAGUCUAAUGAAUCUGGGCCAGAAUCUAAUGAAUGUGAAUUAGAGUCUAAUGAGUCUGAAUCUGAGAAUAAUGAGUCUAAAGCAGAGCGUAAUGAAUCUGAAUCUAAAACCGAGUCUAGUGAAUCUGAAUCAGAGUCUAAUAAAUCUGAAUCAGAGAAUAAUGAAUCUAUUGAAUCUAGUAAAUCUGAAUCAGAGAACAAAGAAUCUGAAGCAGAGGAUAACGAAUCUGAAUCAGAGAACAAAGAAUCCGAGUCAGAGAAUAAUACGUCUGAAUCAGAGUCUAAUGAAUCUGAAUCAGAGGAUAACGAAUCUAUUGAAUCUAAUGAAUCUGAAUCAGAGAAUAAUGAGUCUAAAGCAGAGGAUAACGAAUCUGAAUCAGAGAACAAAGAAUCCGAGUCAGAGAAUAAUAAGUCUGAAUCAGAGUCUAAUGAAUCUGAAUCAGAGGAUAAUGAAUCUAUUGAAUCUAAUGAAUCCGAAUCGGAAUCAGAGAACAAAGAAUCCGAGUCAGAGAAUAACAAGUCUGAAUCAGAGUCUAAUAAAUCUGAAUCAGAGAAUAAUGAAUCUAUUGAAUCUAGUAAAUCUGAAUCAGAGAACAAAGAAUCUGAAGCAGAGGAUAACGAAUCUGAAUCAGAGAACAAAGAAUCCAAGUCAGAGAAUAAUAAGUCUGAAUCAGAGUCUAAUGAAUCUGAAUCAGAGGAUAACGAAUCUAUUGAAUCUAAUGAAUCUGAAUCAGAGAAUAAUGAGUCUAAAGCAGAGGAUAACGAAUCUGAAUCAGAGAACAAAGAAUCCGAGUCAGAGAAUAAUAAGUCUGAAUCAGAGUCUAAUGAAUCUGAAUCAGAGGAUAAUGAAUCUAUUGAAUCUAAUGAAUCCGAAUCGGAGAAUAAUGAGUCUAAAGCAGAGGAUAACGAAUCUGAAUCAGAGAACAAAGAAUCGGAGUCAGAGAAUAAUAAGUCUGAAUCAGAGUCUAAUAAAUCUGAAUCAGAGAAUAAUGAAUGUAUUGAAUCUAAUGAAUCUGAAUCAGAGAAUAAUGAGUCUAAAGAAGAGGAUAACGAAUCUGAAUCAGAGAACAAAGAAUCCGAGUCAAAGAAUAAUAAGUCUGAAUCAGAGUCUAAUGAAUCUGAAUCAGAGAAUAAUGAAUCUAUUGAAUCUAAUGAAUCUGAAUCAGAGAAUAGUGAGUCUAAAGCAGAGGAUAACGAAUCUGAAUCAGAGAACAAAGAAUCGGAGUCAAAGAAUAAUAAGUCUGAAUCAGAGUCUAAUGAAUCUGAAUCAGAGGAUAAUGAAUCUAUUGAAUCUAAUGAAUCCGAAUCGGAGAAUAAUGAGUCUAAAGCAGAGGAUAACGAAUCUGAAUCAGAGAACAAAGAAUCCGAGUCAAAGAAUAAUAAGUCUGAAUCAGAGUCUAAUGAAUCUGAAUCAGAGGAUAAUGAAUCUAUUGAAUCUAAUGAAUCCGAAUCGGAGAAUAAUGAGUCUAAAGCAGAGGAUAACGAAUCUGAAUCAGAGAACAAAGAAUCCGAGUCCGAGAAUAAUAAGUCUGAAUCAGAGUCUAAUGAAUCUGAAUCAGAGAAUAAUGAAUCUAUUGAAUCUAAUGAAUCUGAAUCAGAGAACAAAGAAUCUGAAGCAGAAUAUAACGAAUCUGAAUCAGAGAACAAAGAAUCCAAAUCAGAGAAUAAUAAGUCUGAAUCAGAGUCUAAUGAAUCUGAAUCAGAGGAUAACGAAUCUAUUGAAUCUAAUGAAUCUGAAUCAGAGAAUAAUGAGUCUAAAGCAGAGGAUAACGAAUCUGAAUCAGAGAACAAAGAAUCGGAGUCAGAGAAUAAUAAGUCUGAAUCAGAGUCUAAUGAAUCUGAAUCAGAGGAUAACGAAUCUAUUGAAUCUAAUGAAUCUGAAUCAGAGAAUAAUGAGUCUAAAGCAGAGGAUAACGAAUCUGAAUCAGAGAACAAAGAAUCGGAGUCAGAGAAUAAUAAGUCUGAAUCAGAGUCUAAUGAAUCUGAAUCAGAGGAUAACGAAUCUAUUGAAUCUAAUGAAUCUGAAUCAGAGAAUAAUGAGUCUAAAGCAGAGGAUAACGAAUCUGAAUCAGAGAACAAAGAAUCGGAGUCAGAGAAUAAUAAGUCUGAAUCAGAGUUUAAUGAAUUUGAAUCAGAGGAUAACGAAUCUAUUAAAUCUAAUGAAUCUGAAUCAGAGAAUAAUGAUUCUAAAGCAGAGGAUAACGAAUCUGAAUCAGAGAACAAAGAAUCCGAGUCAGAGAAUAAUAAGUCUGAAUCAGAGUCUAAUGAAUCUGAAUCAGAGGAUAACGAAUCUAUUGAAUCUAAUGAAUCUGAAUCAGAGAAUAAUGAGUCUAAAUCAGAGAAUAAUAAGUCUGAAUCAGAGUCUAAUGAAUCUGAAUCAGAGGAUAACGAAUCUAUUGAAUCUAAUGAAUCUGAAUCAGAGAACAAAGAAUCUGAAGCAGAAUAUAACGAAUCUGAAUCAGAGAACAAAGAAUCCAAAUCAGAGAAUAAUAAGUCUGAAUCAGAGUCUAAUGAAUCUGAAUCAGAGAAUAAUGAAUCUAUUGAAUCUAAUGAAUCUGAAUCAGAGAACAAAGAAUCUGAAGCAGAAUAUAACGAAUCUGAAUCAGAGAACAAAGAAUCCAAAUCAGAGAAUAAUAAGUCUGAAUCAGAGUCUAAUGAAUCUGAAUCAGAGGAUAACGAAUCUAUUGAAUCUAAUGAAUCUGAAUCAGAGAAUAAUGAGUCUAAAGCAGAGGAUAACGAAUCUGAAUCAGAGAACAAAGAAUCGGAGUCAGAGAAUAAUAAGUCUGAAUCAGAGUCUAAUGAAUCUGAAUCAGAGGAUAACGAAUCUAUUGAAUCUAAUGAAUCUGAAUCAGAGAAUAAUGAGUCUAAAGCAGAGGAUAACGAAUCUGAAUCAGAGAACAAAGAAUCCGAGUCAGAGAAUAAUAAGUCUGAAUCAGAGUCUAAUGAAUCUGAAUCAGAGGAUAACGAAUCUAUUGAAUCUAAUGAAUCUGAAUCAGAGAAUAAUGAGUCUAAAUCAGAGAAUAAUAAGUCUGAAUCAGAGUCUAAUGAAUCUGAAUCAGAGGAUAACGAAUCUAUUGAAUCUAAUGAAUCUGAAUCAGAGAAUAAUGAGUCUAAAGCAGAGGAUAACGAAUCUGAAUCAGAGAACAAAGAAUCGGAGUCAGAGAAUAAUAAGUCUGAAUCAGAGUCUAAUGAAUUUGAAUCAGAGGAUAACGAAUCUAUUGAAUCUAAUGAAUCUGAAUCAGAGAAUAAUGAGUCUAAAGCAGAAGAUAACGAAUCUGAAUCAGAGAACAAAGAAUCCGAGUCAAAGAAUAAUAAGUCUGAAUCAGAGUCUAAUGAAUCUGAAUCAGAGGAUAACGAAUCUAUUGAAUCUAAUGAAUCUGAAUCAGAGAGUAAUGAGUCUAAAGCAGAGUCUAAUGAAUCUGAAUCAGAGAACAAAGAAUCCGAGUCCGAGAAUAAUAAGUCUGAAUCAGAGUCUAAUGAAUCUGAAUCAGAGGAUAACGUAUCUAUUGAAUCUAAUGAAUCUGAAUCAGAGAAUAAUGAGUCUAAAGCAGAAGAUAACGAAUCUGAAUCAGAGAACAAAUAA